GUUCCGAUGAUGUUGAAACGUCUCUCCUUUUUCAGGGGAGAGGGGGAGAGGAGUGAGGGCGCUCAAGUUUUAUUUUCAAACGAAUUUCUUUCAAUUUCUCCUCCUCCUCCUCCAGCUCUGUUGCUGGUUUCACAUCAAAACGCAGCAUUUUGCAGAGUUUCUCUUUGAUAAGCACAUAGCCAUGAACGCCCCAAUUAUCGACCCAUUACAAGGGGAUUUCCCAGAAGUGAUAGAGGAGUAUUUGGAGCAUGGCGUUAUGAAAUGCAUCGCCUUCAACCGCCGCGGUACCCUUCUGGCUGCGGGGUGCUCUGACGGAAAUUGCAUCAUAUGGGAUUUUGAGACCAGGGGCAUUGCCAAGGAGCUUCGUGAUAAAGAUUGUGUUGCGGCGAUAACUAGUGUAUGUUGGUCAAAGUAUGGCCAUUGCAUUCUUGUGUCUGCUGCGGACAAGUCGUUGACACUAUGGGAUGUUGUCAGUGGAGAGAAGAUAACGCGAACAGUACUGCAACAAACCCCUUUACAAGCUCGGCUUCAUCCUGGUUCGCCUACUCCAUCUCUUUGCCUGGCAUGCCCUCUCUCUUCUGCUCCCAUCAUUGUUGACUUGAAUACUGGAAGCACAGUUGUUCUUCCAGUUUCCAUUCCUGACUCUAACCCAGGGCUUACCCCUCUGUCACGGAACAAAAUCUCUGAGGGAACUCCACCUUUCUCUCCUACUGCUGCUUGCUUUAAUAAGCAUGGUGAUCUAGUAUAUGCGGGGAACUCCAAAGGUGAAAUACUUGUAAUAGAUUAUAAAAGUGUUCAAGUGCGUGCCGUGGUUCCCAUUUCUGGAGGUUCUGUGAUUAAGAACAUAGUAUUCAGCAGGAAUGGACAGUAUUUGCUUACAAAUUCAAAUGAUAGAACAAUCAGGAUCUACGAGAACCUACUGCCUCUGAAAGAUGGACUUAAAACCUUGGAUGACCUAAAUGAGACCCUUGAUGGAAUUGAUGGUGUUGAGAAGUUGAAAGCUGUUGGAUCAAAAUGCUUAACGCUUUUCCGUGAGUUUCAAGAUGCCAUCACAAAGAUGCAUUGGAAAGCACCUUGUUUCAGUGGUGAUGGUGAGUGGGUGAUUGGUGGUUCUGCAAGCAAAGGAGAACACAAGAUUUACAUAUGGGAUAGGGCUGGGCAUCUUGUGAAAAUUCUUGAAGGGCCAAAGGAAGCCUUGAUCGAUUUGGUGUGGCAUCCUGUUCACCCCAUUGUUGUCUCUGUUUCACUGACUGGUUUGGUUUAUAUCUGGGCUAAAGAUUACACUGAGAACUGGAGUGCAUUUGCUCCUGAUUUCAAAGAGCUUGAGGAAAAUGAGGAAUACAUAGAACGAGAGGAUGAGUUUGAUCUAAUCCCUGAAACUGAGAAGGUAAAAGGAUCUGAUAUUAAUGAAGAUGAUGAAGUUGAUAUUGUGACAGUGGAGAAGGAUUCAGCUUUCAGUGAUUCAGAUAUGUCACAGGAAGAGCUUUGCUUUUUACCUGCAAUUCCUUCUCCUGAUGUUCCGGACCAACAAGAUAAGUGCAUAGAGAGUUCAUCAAAGUUGGUGGAUAGUAAUUCUGGCUCCCCUAUUUCAGAAGAGGGCACACCAAAUGGAUGUGCAAUUGAUCAUGCAUCAAGUCCACUUGAAGAGGAUGCUGGAGCAACACGCUUGAAAGAAAACGGAAGCCUUCCGAGAAGGGGUUGGAGUUUCAGGCUUAGAAGUUUCAAAUACAGCAGCGAUGACAACGGUUGAUGCUGCUAGGUAUGACCAUUCUCUUGCAUCUUGAAAUUUGGGUGCUUAUGAUAGUGGCAGUGACAAAAUAUCUGCGGCGACUAACAACCGAAGAAGUAUGACAUAUAUCAAUGGCACAUUGAUUAGUUUGCCCAAAGCUUAUGAUCACUGUUUUGCCAAAGACGUCAUAAAUGCCUGUAUCUUCACCUGCGUAGCACUCCGUAGACAAAAUCCUAUUUGGAUUACUUGAUUGAGAUUUUGAGCUAUGUUGACACUGCAGAAAUUUAGGAGGAUGAGGGGAGCUUUGGAUGAUUUUUAGGUAUGUUGUAUGAUUAAAUCAUGUGCAUGUUAGACAAAGCAGUUUGUAAUCUUAGUUUAGUCAAAAUGACCAGUUUGAUCCUCAUCGUUGGGUGCCUCUUCAGUUAGGUCUGUGUAAUUAUAACCGUCUAUAUCAUGUUUGCAUGAUCUUUUGUUUACAAUUGAUGACAAAAUUAAAGAAUUUGUCAAUUA